GCCUGCAGCCCAGUAUAGUCGAGCCGCUCGCCCCGGUGGCAGUGUGCUUGUGGUCAUUAUAGCACGCUAAACAUGAGUGAAACUGACGUACACUUCAGUGUAAAGAGGAGAUACAUCGACCUUUCACUUGAUCUGAAUUUAGACCAAGCAGCAUCCGACGAAGCGUGGACUAGCUAUGAGAAUAUUCAGCAGAAAUACACGUUAGAGGGUGAGCAGCUACCGUGGUUAGCAUGUGCACUGUAUGCAGCAUGCAGGCGAAGAUCAGUUCCUACAGUGGGAGGGCGCCCUGGAAAUGUGAUCCAGGGCAACUGUGUGUCUCUUACUCGAAUGUUGCAGCACUGCAAUCUCCCUUUGACAGAAUUCAUCAAGAAAAUGAAGGCUUGGCUGGCUAUGUCGCACUUUGACGAAGGCUUCUGCCGAAGAGUUGAGCUAUUGGAGAGGAAUUUUGCUGUAUCCAACAACAUCUUUAAAAAGUACAAACCUAUCUUCCUAGACCUGUUCAAAGAUCCUGCGAAUGACUUGCCUCGUCCUCCAAGGUCACGUAAACAGCGACGGCCUCCUUGUAACUGUACUGAAAUCUUUCAUUUCUGCUGGACAUUGUAUAUCUUAAUAAAAGGGAAAUAUCCAAGUAUUCCCCAGGACCUUGUUAGCUGUUAUUCAUUAUUGUUAGCCUCUAUUGAUCUUAUUUAUGGAAAUGUGGUACUCUCCAACCGUAAAGAUCUCAUCAAUCCAAAUUGCCAAGGUAUACCAAAGGAUUUUUUUAGUAAUGAAUUGAGUGGUGAGCUGUCAUCAUGGCCAGUGUCAAUUAUGGAUUACCUCUGUGAAAAAUUUGAAGGUGUGCUCGUGGAAACCAAAGUUGUGCGAGAAUACUACUGGAAUAAGCAUAUCAAAGACCUCGUAGAAAAAAAGGUACUGAAAGGUGGUGUAGAAGGCACUGGUCUUCUGGAACAAACCAAUUUUGAUCAUAAUGUAAAAGAAGUAAAAAAUGCCUAUGAAGAACACUUGUUGAGUUUUGGCGAGUUUGACGAGAGAAUGUUCUUGAACGAAGACGAGGUGGUGAAGGGGGUGACUGGGUCGUCUCCACCAUCAACUCACACAGUGCAUCACGACUCUCCCUUGGAUGCUGGGUCAAUGAGACAAGCUAGAAGAAACUUAGUGCCGUCAUUUGAUGGUGAUCAUCAUUUAGUGCCACAAACGCCAAUCACUGGUCGUCGCUACACUAUAGAUCGUCCAACUAUUGGCAACAACCCACUAACAGUGGUCACCUCAGGCCUGCAUAAACUAUAUGCUCUUUUAGCAGGUCGAAAAAAUAGUGCCAGUGAAGAACUUCUUGAAAUAUUCAGAACUUUCAAGAAUAACCCGGAUGAAAAGAUCACAGCAUUGGUUGCAGAAUUAAGUGAUGUGUUCUGUGGCCUAUACACUCAAGCCACAGAAGACUACACAGGUCCUAGUAUAGACUUUGCAAAAAUGAGGCUGCAGAUGGGUCAGAUGCUUUACUACACCUUUUUAGAACACAUCUUGGUGGAUGAGAGGAGGAGAGGCAUUGAUCUUAUGGCAAUUUUGAAAGAAGAUUUAUUUCAUCGAACUCUGUUUACUUGCUGCUUAGAAAUUGUUCUAAAAUCGUAUAAUGAUCCUAGAAGGUUUCCCUGGUCAUUGCAAGUUGGGCAUGUAGAACCUUACUACUUCAUUCGGAUCAUUGAGCCUGUAAUACGAUCAGAAAAACAAUCUGACAAUCAGUUAUCAAGAGAACUAGUUAAGCACCUUAAAGGGAUUGAAGAGCAGAUCCUAGAUUCUCUUGCCUGGAAGGCAGAAUCGCCCUUAUGGCAGAUCCUACAUCCUGGUAAUUUAGAUGUUCCCUCGUGUCAGGAUGUAAACUUUUCUGAUCAAUUGGAGACAGAGAUGAACCCAAUCACUCCUUCCAUAAGCCUGUCUUCAAAUCCAAUGUCUCCAUUACCAAAACUAGUCACUGAUAAGGGUACUCCUAACAAUCUCCAGCUUUCACCUUUGUCAACAAUAUCAGAAAGGUUCCAGUCACCAAUUGGUCAGUCAUCUGCUAGAAGGACACUCUUUCCUUCUUCUACAUCAGGUUCCCUUGAUCCUCCCCCUGUGCUUACUUUCUCUCGACCUGCUGGUCUCUGUAACCGUAUGCCUCCUGUAUCUUCAGUGGUGACUACAACUACAUCUCCGUCUGUUCACAAGUCGCCCAGCAUUAUUACUGUUCAGGUGAAAGAGAAUGGAGUGACAACUUUAUACACUGUGCCAACAAAUCCUCAAAAUGCUUCUGAAGGCAAUGAAGAAAAUCCAUUUGAGGGGUUAUCAGACACAUCAAAUGAACACAAGAAAAAAGAUAAACCAAAGAGACAUGGUUCUUUAGCUUUGUUCUGCAGAAAGUUCUACACCUUGGCAAACAUGAGGCUACGAGAAUUGUGUGAUAGAUUAGAUAUUACAGAUAAAGAACUGAGAAAAAAAAUUUGGACUUGCUUUGAGCAUUCAAUUAUCCACCACACAGAACUAAUGCGUGAUCGACAUAUGGACCAAAUGAUAAUGUGUGCUAUAUACAUCACUUGCAAAGUGACAGGGAAUGACAGGAUCUUCCAAGAGAUUAUGAAGCAUUACAGGAAUCAGCCUCAAGCUGCAUCCCACGUCUACCGAAGUGUGUUGAUAUCAAGAUCAAGUACUUCAAAGUCUCUCAAAUCCGAAGGUGAUAUUGGUCGGCAACAUGGAAGUGCGCCCCCACCUACACCAAGUCAAAUGACAGGAACCUCGGCUAGCUUCGAUUCAGAAGAACGAGGUGAUCUCAUCUUAUUUUAUAACCAAGUAUAUGUACAACAAAUGAAGGCAUUUGCUCUCAAGUUCCGAGCAGCUCAGGAGGGUGACCUUCCUCCUCUGUCACCACUUCCUGUUGUGCGUCACACUCCAGUCUCUCCCCGUCGAAGAAUUUCCAGCAAUCACUCUGUCUUCAUUAAUUCAUUGAGUCCAGUGAAGGGCAGUACAGCAAUGUCGCCACGGAAACCCUUGCCAUAUUUUUUCAACAGAAGUCCUGCUAAGGAUCUAAGGGUCAUCAAUACAAUGCUCAAGAUGAAAGGAGUAGGAGUGAAACGUUUGUUGGGUGACUCUGAUCUCAGUGGGUCAGAUAUUAAGCGGCCUCUUAUUGGCAUGACAAAACGCAUACAAGGAGUCUUGGGUGAUCGUUUGUCAGCCACCCCAACAUUAGAUCUCCAAGAAUCUGCAGCCACGCAAGAUUCCUCGGCUUUGCCUCAAAAUGGUCAUGCAACAGAGCUAGUUAGUGAAGACUACAGUACACCAGAACAGUCUUAGCCUUUGAAUAGCUUUUAGGAGUGUUGAUAGAAUUGAUUGUUGCUUAUUUCUCUAUAAAAUGAGUGGACUUAAUAGCAAGCUUGUAUUGGUAUGUAAUUCUCGUUUUUCCUUAUUAGGUGUAAAUUCCUACAGUGAGGAUUAAAUGAGUGUUUUCAGACUACAGUAGUAUGAGGUUGGUUCUGCUUGUAAAACAUGGAAUGCACAUAACUUGCAAAUCUUAAUCGUAACCAGCAUGUUUGUGUACAUCUUGCUGAUAUCUCGACGUGGUAAGACAUCAGAUUGUCAACUUACAAAUGGGUCUUAUUGUCUGCAAACCAAAGAAAUUUGGUUGUGGUUGAUAUUGAAGGGCAUGUUGGGCAUUUAAAGACAUCACUGCAACACUUGGAUUAAUUGGUGGCAAUAUUUAUAAAUGAUUAAGUUCUUCAGUUAUAUUCUGAAUAUCUUCUUAUCUUCAGAAAGAUAAGAUGUUCAUUAUAAAACUGAUAGGAAAUUUUAUUCACAUGUUUAUAUAGUGAUAAUUAUAUAAUAAAUGUUUAUCGUUGUAACUUAAAUGUUUUAAUUUACAAUUAUACAGUUGUGUACUUUAUUUUAAAUUUAUUAAAGUGUAUAUAAUUGUAUUUUCAUUGUCAUAGCAAUGAAAAUGAUGUAAUACAGCUUGCCAUGUAUGCCUGUUCAAGAUUUAGGUUGUGUUCUCUUGUUGUUUAGACAUGAAAAAUAUCAAGUUAUUUGAUGGUCUCCUGUUAUAUCACAGGGCAGUAUUAGGAGAAGGGGGGCAGGGUGGGGGGGGUAGAAAUUGGAGUACAAGCUUGUAUAUUGUAAUAAAUUGAUAAAUAUCCAUUUUUCCAUAUUUAUGAUAUGCAAAUUUAUUAAAAUGUUAGAUAAUCUUAAUCUUCAGUUGAUAAACAAUUUUGCAUAUUAGU